AUAUUUGUUUAUUGGAUUGUGACGGUAUAUUGCAAGAUUUCAAUAGCUCCGUAAAAUGUCUCGUUUUCAAUAGACCCUGUUUGAUGGAUACUGAUAAUAUGUUGUUCGAAACGACACACGGGCAGCUUUUGGCAUCAAUUUCAAAACGGAAACUGUACAGUUCAGAUCAAGCGUAUUCUCUGAAAUCUUUUAAUAUAUAUAUGCAUGCUUCACGAGACUGCCAAGAGCUUAAAUUGUGAUUCAAUAAAUACUUCGCUGGUGAUAUCUGCUUUUUGCCAAAAAGAGGGAAUUACAAAAUUGAUUUCUGGACUCAGAAAAGGUUGUGUAAAACAAUUCAUCAAUAUUUGCUCGCUCAUUUAAUCUGUUAGUUUAACGUUGCUUUCCAUAUAUACGCCAUGUUAAACACUUAGCCAAACACCGGAAAGACAUGGUACUUAACGUAAAUCAAUAUUCAAUACUGAGUUUUUAAAAAUAUAGAUUGGGUCGAAUUCUUUUUCAAAUUUAUUUAGCUUUAGUUCCACUCGGUUUGAAAAUUUUCAUUGAUAUGGUAAUUGAAAGAAAAUUGAUUGACUUUGAAAUCCAGCGAUCUCGGAGAGAAAACACCUCAACUAAGGGAAGACGGGAACAAUUAGCGGCGGUUAUUUUGUGUUUUAUUCAUAUUUGAUGAGUUGCUUGGUUUUAAAUACCUGGUUACGUGCCGAUGUAUGGUCGGGCAAUUAACAAAUUGAGAGAGAGAAAGUAAAGACCUAAUGCGCUUUAUCUAGCAGUGAAACUCGAUACAAGAUAAUUAAACAGUCCGCUGGGAUUUCUUCGAUCCGAGGCUUAUAACGAUACUGGAAAGGUGUUAAUUUGUAGUUGACACUUGGCGAGAAAGGAUUAAUUUUGAAUUUUUCUGAUAAUAUUUGAUAAGAGGGGACAAUAUGUCGAAAUUUAUGUUUCAUAUUAGAUUUUCAAGUGAAGAGGAUUACCUUCACCAACACGAACUUUACGAGAUGCUGAGAUCUAGGAAUUUAUAUCAAGUGCAGUUUGAUUUGAAGAAGAGACUCGAAAAGCGCAUUAGAUCCAUAGAACAAGCUGAAAAAAUGCACAUAGCAACUUCCCAGAGCAAGAAAACUCUGUUUCUGCAGACUGUUCAGGAACGAAUAAAGAAAAGGAAUCGAUUCGGAGAAAGAUACAAACGCCAUUACUCUUCGGGUGAUAUUGAGGAGAAAACGGACAAAAUAUCCCAACCCCCUCGAAUGUUUCCGAAACAAAGGGAAGGGGAACCGCCAGAUACGAGCGACAAGGACAUGGCUAGAAGUCAAACAGCUCCGGAAAUAGCAGUUUCUCAAAAAUCUAAUGACAUGGGUGUCCACGCAGAGGAAGAAAUUACGUCAUUGAGACGCAACGUAACUUUCUGCGGUAAAUCGUUCCCGAUGGCAAAGAGCGCAAAGCGUCGCGCAAAACCCCAACACCUUCUGUCAGUUGAGGAAGAGAAGGAGGUUAUGACGUCUACAGAGACUGAUGGUGACAUUGUCAGUGAUUCUAUACAUUUACCGGACAUAAACAACGUUAUCACCCAACCCGACAAUAGCGGAAUGAAAAGGACCUUAUCUCCAGCUAAUUUAGCUGUUAUGAAAAAUAUGUCCAUCUUUGAAUCCGGAGUCACGGCACCAGAUGGUCGACUGAUACUCUCCAGACAGGACUAUGAUGAAUUCAUUGAUCAGUAUCGUCAAGCACAGAAGCAUUGGUUACGGAGACAACGACGAAAAAGUGAAAGUCUGGAGGAAAAAAUAAAGAAUUUAAGAUUGUGAGUGAUGGGGCUUCGUAAUAUUCUGGAGUGACGUUUUCUGUUCAGUACCCUAUAAGAGUGAUCACGAUUUUCGCAGGUUUUAUUUCAAACCUUUCUCUUUGUAACGCUAAAUCUUUGUCAACAUCAUGGAAUUAAACGAAGGAAUUUUCACCAUCUAGUGAUGUCCAGUGAGCACGUUAACAGAUGAUCAAAAUUCAAAUUGUUUUAAUAUCACUUAUCUUUUAAUAGAAAAACCACACAUGAC